GCGGGAGUGCGUCAAGUGACACACCUCUGCUUUUUCACAUUGUUCGGGAGAGUGAGACACCUGCAGUCACACCGAGAGCCGGGACGCCGGGUUUCACUGUAAAGACAUAAACACAGCUGUUAACAUCAGGAGUAACUCACUGGAAGCUUGUCAGCCUUGCGGUUGAUCCGGUGGACAAAGGAUGACAAACAUCACACGGCAUCUUGUUACCCACCUUCUGACGUUCUCGCUCCAGGACGGGGAAGUCAAGAGUGUGGAGGAGGCCCAGGCACGCCUCUCCUUCCUGGCUCAGAGCAACAAGCUGUGGAGUCAGCAGAUGUACCUGGAUAUCGGAGUAAACGCCAUUCAUCUCAGGGACGUACAAACCCAGGAUGAGCUGGAGAAGUACGCUUUCGAGUACAUCUUCCGCUGCGAGGCCAUCCACACGGAAAAGCACUUCACGUCGCUCCUUCUCCUAAUGUGUAAAGGCGCAGAUCCACAGCCGCCGGACAUUCACUUCUUCAACUGUGAAACUGUGAAGGCGGAGAAGAUCUGUGGCGACAUCCAGCGAGCGGUUUCGGGCUCCUUCACCAGACCUGAUCCUCUCAGGCUCUCUCAGAGCAGAGGAGAGAUGCUCGCGCCCUACGAAAUACCGAGCCCCCCCAUCCUACACGCUCCGAAUCCCCCACCACCCAACCCACCGCCUUACCCAGGACCCAGAGCGGCGAACGGGAUCAACGGCGGAGCAGACAUCUCUUUCCUGCGGGCGGAGAGAGAAGUGGGGAUCCUCAACCACUGCUUCGACGACAUCGAGAGAUUCAUGGGCAAGCUGCAGCAGACGGCGGAGGCCGCGACCGUGCUGAGCCAGAAGAAGAAGAAAAAGAAGAAGAGCAAAAAGCAAAGUGCAGAAGACGACUUACUCAGCGCGAAGGCCCGCCCCCCACCAGAGGAAGAAUUCAUUGACAUCUUCCAGAAGUUCAAAUAUUGCUUCAGUCUCUUGGCCCGCCUCAAAUCAACCAUCGCCAACCCUUCCUCAGAGGAGCUCGUCCACCACGUGUUCAGACCUCUGGACAUGAUGGUGAAGACGACAGGGGGGCCGGCCCUCGGGGCCUCGGUGUCCAGCCCGGCCAUGACCAGCUCUGCCGUCACCCUGCUGCAAGACAACCUGAAUGAGGAGGAGAGGCAGCUGUGGACGUCCCUGGGUCCCAACUGGACGCUCCCUCGCUCUCAGCUCAGAGGGCCCGUAGCGCCGUACGCCCCCACGUUCUUGGACGGCUGGAAGCCUGAAACCCUGAGGCCAGACGGGCAGGUUUGGGAGGAUCCGGUCGAGUCACAGCACAAACACGAAGUCCUCCGAGUAAAACAAGAGCAGGAGCAGCAGCAGAAUCCUCAGCACCCCGGCCCUCCACAACACCACAUCGGCGAUGAAAUGGAUGCCCUCCCGCCAGAGCCCGAGAGGGUCUACAGCUGCAGCUACGACUUCAUAGCCAGGAACAGCAGCGAGCUUUCGGUGCAGCAGGGGGAGACGCUUGAGGUGAUUGAGUCAUCCAAGCGCUGGUGGAAGUGUCGUAAUCGGUUCAACCAGAUUGGCUUCGUCCCUUUCAACAUCCUGGAACCCAUGGCUCACAUAGACAGCCCUCACACGCACAAACCGCCCAAUUCUCCGGUUCCACCUCACCUCGUCAAGACUUUCGGAGGAGUCCCGCCCAGCCCACCGGCUCUGCCCCAGGCUCACCCCCAAAGUCUGGCCCGCGCCCCUUCCCACUCCCCACAGCGUCCACGCAGCUUACCGCCCUACAGCCAGCACAUGACAGCCGCAGAGGACUCAGACAAAGUCAUGCUGGUGAAUGACGAGCUGCUCCAGAGGCUCACCAACGGAAAGACCAACCUGAACAAACCCCUGGUCAUCCCCCGCUCCGCAGAGACCACCGUCCCCCUGGACUACCACUCCCCUCCAGACGAAGUGGCCGAGUGGCUCCGGGGGAAAGGCUUCAGCGAACCGACGGUGUCGUGUUUGGGAGUGCUCACGGGCGCCCAGCUCUUCUCCCUCAACAAGGAGGAGCUGCGAUCCGUGAUUCCAGAUGAGGGUGCCAGAGUGUACAGCCAGCUCACCGUGCAGAAGGCUCUGCUGGAGGACGCCAGAAGGGCCACAGAGUUGGAGGCGGUCAUGGAGAAACAGAAAAUGAAGGUGGACCUGAAACUGGAGAGCAGCACAUUGUGAAGUUGACAGAAUGUGUGGCAGUGCCGUCAUUUUAUCGGGAACUCUUUGAAUUGUCGAUUAUAUUUACAAGACAACACACCGUGACGUGACUGUGUAAAUUUUCCAGUGAAGAGCAGGGUGUUGUGUUUAUUGUAUCAAACCAAAGCAAGUAACAAAUUUAAGCCUUUAAACCAAGCAGGUGCUGGGAAACUGAAAUAUUUUCACACUGAACUUCCCUGCACGUACUCAACUCUGUUAAUUUUAAAUGUGUACAGAUUUCUUCUCAUUAUUGCCUUAAAUGUAUUUAUCUUUGUAACAUAUCCCUGAUUAUAAUAUCGUGACAAUGAUGAGAGAUUGGCAAGUAAAGUCACCAGACAAUAAAAACUCAAA